AUGUCGUCAUCAUCCUCGCCAUCGUAUCCUACCUCUUCAUCCGCCGCCGCUACAACAAUCGGAGCAAAAUCCUCAAGAUCCAAAUGGUCUCCGAGAGCCGGGAGCUCCGCAUCAAGUACUGCUUCCUUCGGAAAGUCGCAUGCGUCCCGACCAAGUUCCAUAACUAGGAGAUCGAGGACGCCACGACCAACUUCUAGUCCUUCCUUGGCUAGGGUGCUUCCGCUUCCGUCUUCCAGGGCGUCCUCAGCGACGGGACCGCGGUAG